AGCAGCCCGGAGCCAGCCCGGCCAGCACAGCGAGCCAGCCAGCCAACGGUAAGCGACCGCCACAGCGCCUCCACAGCUCAGGCCUCGAACAUCCACGGACUCACUUUGCAAGCGACGCCCGGGACAAGGCGCCCUCAGCCGGGCGGCGGUUUGCAAAUUUAGACCGGGGAUCGAGAGCUAAUGUUCACAAGGAGAAGAAUCACGUGAUGUAUGAAGGCAAACACAUACACUUCUCAGAGGUCGAUAAUAAGCCAUUGUGCUCCUAUAGCCCAAAGCUCUGUAAGCAGCGCCGGCUCAACGGCUACGCAUUCUGCAUUCGCCACGUUCUGGAGGACAAGACUGCUCCUUUCAAGCAAUGUGAAUUUGUAGCCAAGUACAACAGCCAGCGGUGUACAAACCCUAUCCCGAAGUCUGAAGACCGAAGAUACUGCAACAGCCAUCUGCAAGUUCUCGGUUUGGUGCCCAAAAAGGAGCGGAAGAAAAAGAAUGAGCAGCUAGAAGACGUGCGCUCCAGACUUCACCCUGAUGUUACCAUGGCAGUCAGCCUGGCAGUGCCCUCGUUGGCCCUGAAAACAGCAAAUGGUUUGGAUGGACCGACGCGGUCGCCACAGAGGCCGCGGCUGUCCCUUCAGUACCUGGACCGCGAGCUUGACGACCCAUUUGCUUUCCCUGACGAUGAUGAUUGUGCACUGAGGAAAGGAACUGUCAAACGGAAGCUUCAGACCAAACUGGCUCAGAACCGGCAGCAGCAGCAGCAGCGGCUGCUGCGAGAGCCUGAGAUUUGCAGACUGCAAUCAGAGCACUUUAUCCCACACCCUGCACCUCCUCAGUCACUCUACCCCGGCACUCCCCCUCUCUCCAGUCCCCCACGACCUGCCGUACUGCCACUGGGCCUGCUAUGCAAACCCCCUUUACCCUCGAGCCCCAGCCUGCCACAAGCGGCAGCCCAUGGUACAGUAGCAGCAACGCCUGCCUCACACUCACCAAACGGAAAGCCCCAUCGGACCGCCUCUCCCCCUCAGCAAACAAAGUCGCCGCCUGUACCACAGACUGCUGCUGUCCCAUCCCCAGCUGCUGCCAAGGCAACAGACACUUCCAGGCCCAAUAUGGUUGUCCUGAAGGCUUCAAACUCCACACCAAUCUGCAAACAGCACUUAGCCUGUGUAAACAGGCUAAAGAGACUAGCAAAACUGUGUGCUGAGAAGCAACUAUUGCAUCGGGAUCUCUUUCCGCAUUUAGGACUAGACUGGUCUGAGGACAGCGAGGAAGAAGAAGAGGAAGAUGAACGUGUGCCUCCUUGCCAGUAUGCAUGGACGUUGCGGGACAAGUGGUCAAAUGUUCACCCAGACUCCGAAGAUGAGGCGCGCAGCACGAGAAGCUUGAGAGUGUCCCGGCUCUGCACUUAUCUGCAGCACAGAUACACACAGCUCUGUCACAUGGAGCGAGCAGCAGCACGCCAACAGAGAUGUCGACAUGCCUUCCGAAGGGUCUUACUUCAGGCAGCCAGCAACGAACCUGAUUACGCUGGGCAGUUGCUUCAAGACCUCAGAACAGGACCCUCCACCCAAACCAGCAUGAAGCAGCCAGACCACAGAGUAGUGGAACCAGCACUGUGUACAGGAGCCAUCAAGGGCCAGCAUUGCCCCAACAUGUCUCUUCCAUACACCAGGCAUUGUUUUCAACAUAUCUUGUUGAGUCGCUCUCAGCAGCUGUUUUCAAGCUGCACAGCCAAGUUUGCAGAUGGGCAACAGUGUUCUGUUCCAGUGUUUGACAUCACGCAUCAGACGCCUUUAUGUGAAGAACAUGCAAAGAAAAUGGAUAAUUUCUUGAGAGGUGACAGUAACCGGAAAAUCCAGCAACAGAGAAAACCCAGGAAGAAAACCAAGCCUCCAGCACUUACCAAAAAACACAAGAAGAAACGGCGGAGAGGUCCACGGCGGCCUCAGAAACCCAUUCCUCCAGCUGUACCCCAGGGCAAUCUUACAAUGCCUUCCAGUCUUGGCAUAUCAGUCAUGGCCUCCCAUAUCAGGGAUUCUUCCACCCCAGAACUAAGUGCUGAUGAAAUCCCUGAUGACAUCACCAAUGAGAUUACGGAUAUGCCAAACGACCUAGAACUAAAUCAAGAAGAGUUGGCAGAGGUUCUUCAGCGAUUGCCUGAUGAUUUGCAAGACUUUGACCUCUUUGAAGGUAAAAACGGCGAGCUGCUGCCUACGACGGAGGAGGCAGAGGAACUGGAGCGAGCGCUGGAGGCAGUGACCUCGUACACUGCCUCGCUGGAAUGCCUGAGUUCAAUCGGGGAGCUGGCGCACACAGAUGGCGACGGUGACCAGGAGCUGUCAGGCAGAGGGAUGGGCGUGUUUGUGGCCGCUGCCUCAGGGAUCCCAGCCCUGGGAAGAGCAGUUAACAACGAGCUGGGAGACCUCCUGAACGGGCGCCUGUCCACCGAGAACUUCUCAAGCCUGGAGCUGGACGAGAAUCUCCUACCCCCACCCUCGGCACUGCCCAGCCCGGCCAGUCAGGCGCAGGCCGCCUACACGUCACCGUCAGCAACGGGCUUGGCUGGCCUCGGGGAGCGGCUCUACCCACCUGCCCACUUCCACGGGCUACGGGCUGAUUCCAGCCGUGCUUCGCCCCGGGCCCAGGUGCUGGGUAAGGCCGAGGAGCUGCUGACAUCACGACCGCGCUGUGGAAGCGAGCAUUCGCGCUCGUCACCCUAUAGCAGCGAGCACGCCCCCUCACCCUACAGUGAUCACGUGGGCUCACCGCCCCGCCCCCAGUCGUUCCCAGGCGAUGGCCUGAGUGCACCAUUCUCACCUGACGUCGCCUCUCUGCUGCCUGCUCACGUCCUGCCGGCUCAACUCGUCAACGCCCGGCCCCAGUGGGCCACCAUCAGCCUGAGCGACCCAGCUACCUUCAGCAGCCUGGUGACGUCCGGGCCUGAGGGCCGCCUCCUCUCCACCUCGCUCUCCACCCCUCACUCGCCCUCCUCCUUCUCCAGUGCCACGGCGCCUGGCAACACCGUGCUCCUCAGCGGUCUGAGCCACGCCAGCUUUGGCGGCAACAGCGGCGGAGGAAGUGCAAACCUGGCACCCUCUUCACCUCCUGAGGUGUCGCCAGCCAAGCAGCCGCUGCCGCAGUUCAGCGCUGCCUUUGGCCCGCAGCUCGGCUCCCACAGCGGCAUCCCCAAGGACGUUCAGCCCACUCACAGCUCAAUCGCACCCCCCACAGGCUUCUCCGUAACUGUCUCCGCCACCAGCACGAACAAUGCCACGGCUCCUUUCAGCCCCUCACAGUGAGUCUACGCUGGAUCAUCGAGCGAAACAAGACCAAUCCGCCUCCUGCCUUGCAAGUGGGGGUUGACACGUUGCUCUGACUUCUUUGCCCAUACUGGUGUCUUGGAGUUGAAAGAUUAUCAACUAGUUUUAUUGCUUAAAAAAUGCCUUCCCGUGUGGUGGUCGAAGGGGUAAAUGUAUCAGGAACCAAACUCUGCGAGAGCGUAAACUUACGACCAAGCAGAGAUGCCAGUGAUUCCUACCCUUAAUGGUCAACAGAGCAAAAAAUGAUGAGUUAUGCUCAUUAUUGUAUUCAACCUUCCAAAAGGAACAAAAAAAAAUGCCUUUGUAAAGAUUUUUUUGAACGAUAAACACAGAUCUCUUUGCACACCCGUUCACUUAGUAUACUUCUCUUCCAUACUGAAAUAUUUGAGAAACCUGCCCCCAUCAUUGGCAUCUCUGUGGCAAGCAGCAUUUUAGCAAAUCGGCAGCCAGACCACUGCAGCAGUUGCCUGUGGCAGAAACGGCAGGCAGAUUCCAGAACUCUGCCAACCCUUUACCAGAUAUUGCCAUUGCUUACCUGGAUAUUUUGCCAAGCAGCCACCAAGUUCAGGUAACUUCUUUCCACCUUACUAGGGCCUUGUGUUCUUUUUGAAAAGGGGAUUGGUGACAUUUCUCCCCUUUCCUUUUCAGGGCUAAAAGAGCUUAAUACAUUCAGUUUGAGUAUAUUUUUUAUGUAAAUACAUUAGUACAUUUUAUGAUGACAUUACUUAUCUAUAAAACCAUUAAUGGCACACUGUUAAGUAUCAAACUCAAGGUAGAUGUUUGGCUCAUUGAGGCUUUUUAUAUAAUAAAAUGGACACAUACAUACCACAGAUGUAUACACACAAAGUUGUAGAUCAGGUGCCCAUGGUCUCUGCACAGACAUGCCCCAGCACUGCUGUGACAUUUUCAAGCAAGGUGUAGAACUAACAUCAUUUUAUUUGGUAAAAUUCGAUCCCGAAACAGUCUAAAUUCUUCUGUGCGUGGACUACUAGCAAGCAAAUCAUUUCACUCAGCAAGGACACCAGGGCAGGUUUUAUGAAUGCCAUGUUUGUUGAAGCUCCAACUCCCAGGCUCAAAGCCACAAAAAGGAGUUAUCUUUGCCAUCUAGCUGAGCAUGGCACCUUUCUCCAAAAACACCUUUCACCUUCCCUCUGCAGAUUUCUUUAUGCCUGCCCUUUCUUGAAGUGGCAUACAGACAUUAAGGCAUCAAUUAUUUUUGCUCCAGUUUGUACAUUAUUGUGAGUAGCCAGUCAGAGUUACCCUUCCCAAAAUUGCAAGUGCUGCAUCUGGAUUAGACAUAAUCACAAUAUGAGAUGUUCACUGAAGCUUUUGUUGCAUUUUAGUUAGCUGGUAAAAUAACCUUUGGUAUUGGACAGAAAAGAUAACGAAUGUUUUUCUAGGGAUGUUGUGGGGUUAGCUGGGGUGGAUAUAUAUUUCUUCCAUUUACUGGGACCCUUAAAAGCAGGGCUUUUGAGGUGUCAUCAGGUCCUUAUCUGCUUCAAAGCACAUGGAAUCCAAAUUUGCUCUCAAACUGAUCUAUUACUUUUAAUGUUCUCUGUGGCAAGUUCAUUUGCAGUCUCGGGGUGCUUAUCCCUGGCUUCCAGAAUUUAGUUGUUUAUUCCACUGCCUCAAGACCUGCAAAAACAAACUUGGAUGCAAGUGGCACAAAAUAAAGCUAGCUAAACUGUGCCAUCCACUGCUUUCUGCAAUGCAUCUAGUGUCUUCUAAUGCCAAAUAUGUCAGAUUUUUUGAGAGAAAGUUUAUUUAUGUUAAAGGCUUUGAAUAUGUAUAAAAUAUAUCCAGUGGACUAUAUGCGUGUGCAUCUUGUAGAGUUUUUAAAUAGUAUACUACAAUAGGGUUACCCCAGUUUUAACAUCUUAAGUUAAUCACAUGUACACACUCACAAACACACAAUAUUGUAUAUAAUAUAUAUUGUAUCUAUUUACAAACUCCAAUGCUAUCUCCUUCCUUGAUUGCAACACAUCUAAAUUAAUUUCUGCUGCUUCUCUGUUAAACCCUGUUUGUUACUACACCAUCCAAUUCCCAAAGCACUGUUCCCUUGUGAAUUUUCUGCUCUCUCAGAAUUUCCCAUCCGCUUAAAAAGUAGAUAGAGACUGAAAGAGCAGGGAAGAGUUUCAUUGAAACUUCUGAUUUGAGGAGCCAUCACCAUGCAUCUUGGAGAAGGUGUGCAGGAUUCCAAGUUGGCGGUUAUUUCUUUUUUUUUAAUGCAGGUGACCUUGCUGCACAUCCUAUAACAGACCUGUGCCAAAUAUGUCUUGUGGAAGGUAUAUACAUAUAUAAAUAAAAUAGAUCAUGCAUUUCCAAUAUUCAGUUUUAAUUUAAAUACCUAAAUUUAGUUAAACCUGAUGCUGUCUCUCAUCAUGAAAUAUGCAUUUUCAUUAUACUUAGUUGUUUACCUAAUUGAUUGCCAUAAUGAAGUGCUUUAUUAUUGUGUGUUGGUUUAAAUCAAGUGAGAUCUAGUUUAAUAAUGCUUUGUGUCAGAUUUGGUAGGAGGGGAAGGAAGCAGUGAAUUUUCACUGUUGCACUAGCAUGGGACUAGCUCUGUUCAAGUGGUCCAGUUGCCUAGUAGGAGGAGAAAAUUAUGGGGGCUUUCUGCUGUCUGUUUCACAUGAAUGGACAGCUUAAAGCUUGUGAAGUAGAAAAGAGUCACAUAUGUAAUUCUGGCUAACUGGUUUUACAUUCCAGUUUGUUCUAGACAUGGUAUUCCUGUUUGAGUUGUGGCUGCGGGACUGGUGUGUGUGUUUAUAAGACCAUAAGAGAUAGGAGCAGAAUUGGGCCAUUCAGCCCAUCGAGUCUGCUCCACCAUUCCAUCAUGGCUGGUUUAUUAUCCCCGUCAACCCAUUUUCCUACCUUUUCACCAUAAUCGUGAUGCCCUGACCAAUCAAGAAUGUAUCAACCUCUGUUUUAAAUGAUUUGGCCACUACAGCCAUAUGUGGCAAUGAAUUCCUCAUUCAUCACCCUCUGCUAAAGAAAUUCCUUUUCAUCUCUGUCCUAAAUUAACGUCCCUCUGUUCUGAGGCUAUGCCCUCGGGUCCUAGACUCACUCACUAUUGCAAAUGUCCUUUCCACUUCCACUUUAUCCAGGCCUUUCAAUAUUCAAUUAGGUCCAGUGUCAUUCUUCUAAACUCCAGAGAGUACAGACACAGAGCCAUCAAAUGCUCCUCAUAUGUUAACCCUUUCAUUCCCAGAAUAAUUCUUGUGAACCUCCUCUGGACCCUCUCCAAUGCCAGCAUAUCUUUUCUUAGUUAAAUGGGCCCAAAACUGCUCAUGAUACUCCGUGCAGUCUGACCAAAGCCUUAUAAAGCCCCAGCAUUGCAUCCUUGCUUUUAUAUUCUAGUCCUCUCAAAAUGAAUGCUAACAUUGCAUUUACCUUCCUUAUCACUAACUCAACCUGCAAGUUAACCUUUAGAGAAUCCUGCCCAAGGAUUCCCAAGUGGGUUAUUGCCAGCAGUAAUUAUUUCCAAGUGGGGAGCCAUUUCAUCAGAACCCUUUCUAACAAUUCUGACAAAAAUAAACAGUUCACAAGCUUCCUCAAAUUCUGCUGGUGCAUUUCUUACCACUAAUCUACUGCUUUGAUUCUGGUUGCUACUUAACCCCAGUCUGUAACCACAUGUCUAUCACUCCUUAGUCUGUGCCUCCUCCUCUGACCCCUUGGUCUGUGAGCUUCCCCAUUCCUGAAUAACAACCCCCCCCCCCCCACCCCUGGGUGUAUUUAUGCAUUUCUUCAAUCAACCCUCCUCCUUCCCCAUUCUGUUAAUUUUAUUGUCUUCACCCUUUAUCCUGUGUGUUUCUCUAUCCUAUUUCCUGGUGUGUGUAUUUCGGUGCGGAUUAAUUCUGGGCUAUUAUAUCCAUUAUGAUGGAAUAUUAUGCUAUCAUUAAAUUCCAUGUGUUUUGGUAAGACCACCACAUAGCUAUAGAAUUAGGGUGGUUUUGAUUUUCAGCCUACUACACUAGGAAACUGCUGCUAUGACAUAGGUUGGAAUUGUGCUUUGAAUCUUAAUUCUGUGCAGCCUAUUAUUGGGAUCAUCAGCUAAUUGUGCAAUGUGUUAAUGUGUUGGGACCAAGCCACCUCCCCAUCCCCACAAUGAAGUUCUUGGGCAGUAGUCCCACUCUUCCAGCUAUUUGUCAGUGGCCCUUCUCUAACAAUUUUCAGAUUAUCUUUGAAUAAACUACGAUCUUAAAUUAUUCCAUAGCAUUUUAUCCUGACCUCUAGAAGAGCUCAUUUUGGUUUGUGUACUGCUUCCUUGGUAGCUUAAAAGAAAGAAGUUAUCCCUGGCUUUUUCUUAAUCAUUUUAUUAAAAUUAACACACACUUGCUUUACUGUUUCAGUUUCUAUAACUCUAGGGCUGAAUUUCAUGUCUCUGAGAAAAGAAAUAUUUGGUUCUUGUUUCUUGUUGCCCUGAAAUAAGUGGUGUUACCUGACACAUUUAAUAAGUAAUGGUCCUUCCUCCAACAUUCAUUGUGUUCAAAUCAUUAAAUUUCUUGCCCAGAAAAGAACCACCUACUUUUGUUGUCCAGUUUCAAACUGUGCAGUCUUGGUCCAGAUGCAUUCACUGAACAUUCAUCUUGUUCAUUAUUUAGCAGCACAGGUUGAAAGCUGUUUGCAAAAUGAGAGGGGGAGAUCUUUUGACAGAAGCUGUGAUUGGCAUGUGUGCACAUCCUCAAUGCUGAUACAAGCAAAAGAUUUACUCAAAUAUCCAAUAGAUGUGGUUCAGUCUGACAGACACAGUUGCCAAUGGUAAGAGUGUGAGGAUUAAGGAGUUACACGUUUGCCACACUAUGCUGUAACAUUGUACCACUGUGCUUCCACUUUCAGGCUUAUGGAAAGAAAUUGGAUGAGUAGACUUGCUUUAAACAGAAAUGAUGCAGCAUUGAACUACAUUUAAUAUGGAAAUUAUAGCAACUCUUAUCUGGAUUUCUAACUUCUGAAAUCCAUGUUAGUGCCCUAAACAGCUUUCAUUGUAUGAAGUUCAGCUUAUUUUCCCAUUUUAAGCAUUGGUCCUUCUGCUUUGUUCUGCCCACUUCCAUGAUCAGCUUGCACAGUUUUCAAAAAGCUCGGUGGGCCUUAUGUUCCCUCUGUUUGCUCAGGUAAUGUUGCUGAAGUGGUCCCAGAUGUUACCAAAAGCUCCUCUAACACCUGACUCCAUGCUUUGGUUGAAUUGAUACAUGGCAUUUACGGGAAUGAUUUAGUUCAGAGAUCAUGGGGAAGUGUUAUGUCACGAGGUUAACUCAUAUCGCCCAUACCUUUGAGAUACCAAUGAAUUUGUAAACAAGGCCAGAAUUAUUUUUUGCUCAGAUUGAACUAUUCACAAGACCUUUCCUGAUAUCAUUAAAUGGGUCUGAUACUGGCUUCCCUUUUACCAAUCAGUCCCCCUUUUUGUUGAGGAUUACGAUCAAACUUGAAAUUUUGCUGCAUGGUUACCUUACCUAUUAGCAUCUUCUAGUUGUUUUAUUUGCCUUGUACCCAUUGCCUGCCAGUAAGUAGUAGUUUCAUUUGCCCAAAUGUCAUAACUUGGAUGCUCUUUGUUUUCCCUUUGAUCAAGAGGUUCCAGGCACAGCAUGGCAAAACUCAGCUGAAUAAUUUCCUCCCAGCAUUCUAUUAUAAAACCACAUGUUGGGUCAGAGAACAUUACAGCAAGCCAGCUCCUAGCUUGACUACAUAUUCACAAGGGAUUCUACAGAUGCUAAAGGAACUCAGCAGGUCAGGCAGUAUCUAUGGACAUCAUCGGGCCAGUCCUGAUGAAGGGUCUCUGCCUGAGAUAUUAGCUGUUCAUUUCCCUUCAUAGACGCAGCCUGAUCUGCUGAAUUACUCCAGGAUUUUGUGUGUGUGUCUGUUGGUCACAUAUUGGUUUGCAUUGAAAGCUAGGAAAAAACUCUGUUGGAUGAUUUUGAGUACCUGGUGUUUUGAAAGGCCAAGAAUAAAGUCUUAGCCAAUUUGGAGUGAUUUAUUUAUAAAUAUAAGCAAUGAGCUUUGAGUUAUUAUCAACUAGUGUGAAUCAUUUGAAGUACACGACAAGGCCACUCAGAUGUUGGAAUGGAGUGGGUAAUCCCAGCAGUUAAAGCAAAAUUCUGGAACUGAAUUCCCAAACACAUGCUACCCAAAGAAGUGAAUCGAAGAACUUCAUAGGAAAAAAGCCAUACUGAGUUUCAGUCAACACUUGGUCAGAAAAUAACCUUUACCAUCCAUCUUUGAAAAGGAUCUUUAUAUUAAUUGCAGGACUCAGCACUACAAUGAUUUCUCCUUUUAGUUGUUAUUUUUUCAUGCAUGAUUGUUAUAAUCUCAGGCUUGUCAAAGCACAAUGACUUGUGUUUUUGUGCACGCAACUGUUUUCAGUCUUGUUUGUAGUGCAAACUGAGCAGAUUUGUGACAAGGAAUAUUUAAUAUUGGGAUGAACUGUAGAGAUGGUAGAUAGUGAGCAAGGGGUUAGCUAGUAACUCUUUGCCUUUAGGACAGGAUCACACUUCAUUCUGAUAAAGACCCCCUCUAUAAGGUGCUUGGUUUUUACAGUGAGCUUAAAACAACUUGGCUUAAGAUCAAACUCAGUCAGAUAAAAGUCCUCCUUGAUAUGUCAGUGAUGAUAAAUCUGAUUCUGAUUGCAGUUUGGUCUACUUUCCAAAGACAGAAAAAGCCACCCCCACAAUCUCUGAACAAGAAUGUCCCAUCAGGAUGUAGCAGGCUUAUAAAUAUUUAUAAACAGUAUGAGCAAAAGUUAGUAACAAGUGAAACACUUUUAAUAGUAAAACAAAUGCACUGUUGAGUUGCAAUCCAGCAUUUGAAUCAUACUGUACCACACUCUGAUCAGGCAAUAAUCUUCAGAUCAAGGUAACUGACUCAAUAUUUAAUUGAGACUUCACGUUUUAAAAGGAACUUCUACCCUGCUGUGUAAAAGGAAAGAAAUGCAGAUACAUUGAAUGUUGACUGCAUUUAACAAGCAGCUGAUCACGGAGACAUGGGUCAUUGUGUGACUGUAACGUAGCCUGAUCUUUGCAGCAUACAGAUUGGCUUGAGGAUUUACUGCUGUCGUAAGCCCAUCACUUCUUGUGAGUAGGACUUACUUUUCCAGUGGACUAGAUGGCCCUGUUGUUUUUAUUGGAAAAAAUUUGGACCGGGAUAGCAUAUACAGAUUGACUCACAGUUGUCGCUUGUCCCUGACAAGUUUGUAUGGUGUAACUUUGAAAUAGAAAGGAACUGAAUGAAUACAAACUAUAAUGUUCUAAAGGUAAAUCCCAAGUUGAUAAAUGUCUAUUUUAAUACUUCCAGCUCUUGGACCAGGUGUCAAUUCACAGGUUGUUGGAGUUCUUUUGUUUCUUUUAGGCAUCACAACAUUUACUCUCUUUUGCCAUAUAUAUUAAUAGCAGUGUGUCAGCUGCAGGUUAACAAAAGAAUUUACAGUAAAAAAUCUAUUUUCUAUCAGAGUCUACUUUAACAGAGGCAAUAUGAACUGCAGUAAUUAGAGCUACAGCAAAGUUUCACAACAAACGUAAAGUUAUUUCUCUAGCAACAUACAGUGAAUGGUGGGUAGUUUCAUAUAUUAUCAAUGUAUACGAUGUCAGUCAAAUCACCUACUGUAGUGUCUCCAAGCAUAGGUGACAAGGAAAUAAGUCUCACAUCUUUACUCUGCCCCAGACUUAACGUUAUUACUAUUGUAGUUUUUUAAUAAUCUACAUAAGGGCAAUCUUCAUUUUGUUCAUAACCUGAAUGGGAUGACCUGGUAAUUUAUCCUUUUAUUGACAGUGAAAGUCAUUGCUUUCUCUAAUUGUAUAUUUAUUGAUUUCUCAAUGAAACCCUUUUUAGAACUUUAAAAAAGUUCAAAGCAAGUGAUGCUGAGUGAUAGAUUCUUAAUUUUCAUACAUAUAUAUAUAUAAAAAAUUUAUAAUAUCUUAUUUCUUAUUAGGAGGAAAAGGGGAAGGCCUGUAUGUUAAGCUUGUACAUUGAGCAUAAACAUAAAGCCAUCCUGACAUUUUCCUCUUAUGUUCUCAGGUUUAAUAUAUUAAAAAAUAUAGGCAGGGAGGAGAGAAUAGAAGACAGUUAGCAAUGAGAGAAUUAUUUUUAAUUCCACUUUUAUUAGAAUUUUGCAGGAGCUAAAUGCCUAACAUCCAGAGAUGGUCUGUUUAAAAAGCAGCAGGAACAGAACAAGAACAUAGAAGCUGAUUUCUUAUGGAUGUUAAUGGAUGUAUAGACUUGUGGGAUUUCUCUUGUGAUGUGCCACACUUUUGGCACAAUAGUUGCCAGCUUCUCUUGUUGUUUUACUAUCUUAAACCGAGGCAGCAAUGGUUAUUAUGGAUAAGCUAUAGAGACCAAGUUAGAAGCACAAGUAGCCUGUGUUUUAUAUCACUUUCCCAACCGUGCACUGUACUUGGUGGGAAUACUGUCUGCUCAGUAAGUCACAGGUAUGGGAAUACUUGUGCACAGCUCUGUGAAACUUCCAGUGAUGUUUUUUGUGAUUUAAGGGCAUGUAGUGGCAAUAACACAAGUUGUAUUUUAUAUAAAGUUGUGCAUAUAAUUUUUAAAACAAUAAGCUUACAACUCACUAGAAGUAGAUUUAACCAAACUCUAGAAAUGUGUGUAUGCAGAUUAAUUUGAGAGGCCUGGAUUGUGUGACCUUUACCUCUUUCUCAAGCCCUUUUCCUUUACUAACCCUAUAUUAGAGGUCUCAUCAGGGUUUGAAAAUGUCACCCUCGAGAAAGGUUGUAUUAAGGUGGAGACCCACUACUUGUAAUCUCACUGUGCGUCUUCCUAUCUUGACCUUUGAAUGAGGUAUGGUGUCAUCACUGUGUGUGUGUGUGUGUGUGUGUGUGUGUGUGUGUGUGUAUACAGGUGUGCAUGUCCAUACAGAUGAAAGAACUCCCUCCAUUUAUAUCCUGGGCCCCACUGCCUCUUAAUUCAAUGUCCAGAACUAGGUUCUUUGAAUUAGGGAGAAUCCUUCUGGAUCCAUGGAAAUUACAUCAUAGUUUGUAGUUUCACUGCUGUACAGAGAGUAAUGUCCCUGAAGGCAAGCCUGUGCAUAUAAAUUGGAUGUGACUCAUGCUGGACAUGUAUUUUUUUAAGAUUAGCUGGCCAAGCAACAAAGGCAUCAGUAAAGCUUUUACUGUAUCAACUAAAACAAAAGUUAGUGUUUCUAAUUUUUAAAUGGAAAUUAUCACUAAUCCCCCAAAGUAAACUUUCAUAAAGAAGAACUUUUGAGGUGAGCUGUGGAACAUGGAUAACAGUUGUUAAUCUAUAAUCCAUAGUUUUCUAAACUGAAUUCCUGGAGCGAAAAAGAAAUCUCACUUGGGUUAUCAGCUAGUUAGCUCUAAUCAGACAAACGUUCAAAAAAAUCCAACUUAAAAAUUUGCAGCAACUUUUGGAUUCCGUGCACCUUCUGUCCUUUGGAUGUCAGGAACCUGUGCAGGAGUCAAAAAAGCAAACAGCAUGUUAUGCUAAAAUAAUCUGAACAAGAACAGGAAUGGCUGGAAGUAUUCAAACCCCAUUUAGACUGAGAAUAGUUCCCACCCUGCAAUCUUCUGAAGGUCCUCAAUAACAUGCAGGCAGACUUCCAUGUGCUUCUAUCAUUUAUCUCAAAGCACUUAAUUGUAUUUUCAAUGUUUCAAAACAAAUGUGGGAAAACAUCAUUAAAAAUGAUGCUGAUCCCUCAUUCCUCUGAAGGAAUGACAUUUCAAAUGAUUUGUGCUAACAGGGAUUGGUGAUUACAGGUUUCAUUUGAUGCAUCGUGCUCUCUUAUGCCUCUUAUUAUGCAUUUAAAAGGGCAAUAUUCUUUGAAAGCACUCAACAUCCCUAGGACACAUUGUAAUUCUGGCUGGGAGAGAAGAAAAUAAAAUAUUUAAAAUCACUAAUAUUUCAAUGCGUAGCGUAUCCAAAAGAAAAUUUCUAUUCCACCAUCCUGCCCUGACUGUACUUGGUAUUUGCCACAAAGUGCCCAGUUUAAAAUCUCAUCUGCUCACAUUAUUGUUAUAAUCCCAGCUCCACAAAUGGUUUAUAUCAGGGACUUUAUGGCAAAAGAAUACAGCACGUGGAAAAAUACAACAGUCCUACAAAAUGAUUCAGCAUACAAAAACAGAAGAGGUGGCUCCAAUUUCUUAUACUCAAUGAAUGUACUGUAUUUCUGUUUUUAAAUGAUAGGGCGAGCUAAUAAUUAAAUUAGUCACCUUUUGUUAUUGUCCUUGUUUAAUUUGUUUAAGGUAUUUUUUGUAUACAAAAGUUUACAUUUUUUAUGUAUAUUUUUCUGUGUACAAACUAUGUAAUAUGUGUAUAAACACUGUAUGUAAUAUCUGUAUAUAGUGUGAUAAAUGAUCUUUGUUUGAAUGUAUAAAUAAAAACUUGCUGUGA